AAUAGUGACGUGUAUUUGCCCUUUCGGGUUCUUCCCGGAGCCCCAUUUCGUUCAAUCAUUCUCUCAGCCAUCGUUGAAACGCAAACCCAAAACAAGCAACAGAAGUAAUCACUUUCGUGUUUGUCAAGAAGAAGAUACAGAGAUGGCGACUUUGCAGGCGGUGAUGGGGAAUUUGACGGUAAGCGAUCGUAAGAUUCUGAUGGCGGUCAACACCGGAGCUUCGACCCUCUCCUUGCUUGGCUCUGCAUUCAUAGUUCUCUGCUACCUCUGCUUCAAGGAGCUCCGCAAGUUCUCCUUCAAGCUCGUCUUCUUCCUCGCCCUCUCCGAUAUGCUGUACAGCUUCUUUAGCAUUGUUGGGGAUCCAUCUAAAGGAUUCUUUUGUUAUGCUCAGGGCUAUAGCACCCAUUUCUUCUGUGUGGCUUCUUUCCUGUGGACUACCAGUAUUGCCUUUACUCUUCAUCGUACAGUUGUUAGACACAAAACAGAUGUUGAAGAUAUGGAGCCCAUUUUUCAUUUAUAUGUUUGGGGAACUUCCCUAGUCAUGACAGUCAUACGCUCCUUUGGUAAUGACCAUGGGCAUUUAAGUGGUUUAGGUACGUGGUGUUGGACACAAAUGGGGCGCACAGGAAAGGUGGUUGACUUUAUAACAUUUUAUGUGCCACUCUGGGGUGCAAUUACUUUCAAUGGCAUCACGUACUUUCAAGUGAUACGCAUGCUAAACAAUGCAAGGCGUAUGGCAGUAGGCAUGUCAAAUGGUGCAUACCAACAAGAUGCACGAGCAGAUACAAAGGCAUUAAAUCGAUGGGGUUAUUAUCCUCUCAUCUUGAUAGGAUCAUGGACUUUUGGCACAAUCAAUCGAAUUCAUGAUUUUAUUGAACCAGGCCAUAAAAUCUUUUGGCUUUCAUUUCUUGAUGUUGGGAUGGCUGCUCUCAUGGGUCUGUUCAACUCAAUAGCUUAUGGCCUUAACUCAUCAGUGAAGAGGGUGAUCUAUGAAAGAUUGGAUCUGUUCCCAGAAGGGAUUCGUAGAUAUCUCCCGAAAAACUUGAAGUCAAGAAGCCAACAGCAAGACAGUGAACUCGUGUCGUUGAAGAUUCAAGAUCCUCAAUAGCAAGUAGGACAUGUUAGUGUACUUCCACCUGCAAUCUAUCCACUCCUAAAAUGUUUGAUAUCUGUUGAAGUCUGAUCGCAAGAGGGAUCAACGUGAAAUCUAGUACAGCUAUGACUAUUUCACGCCCAGUAUUGUGAUUCCAAUCCCCUUGUCGAAACAAGUCUAAUAUGAUUUACGUGAUUACAUUGGAGUUUGGCCAUAUAUGGUUCCCUUUUCGUAAACACAGCUGGCUCCAUGCUCCAGACUGCUUUGGAAGGCUUCCCCAACAGAUCUCACAUGAUUGACUACUAUUCCAGAUAGAAGCUCUCAAGGUUUUUGGUUUCCAAAUGGCGAAGGAUGAUAGGGUGAUCACAACGGCACUGUGAGAAUGAAUUAUUUUCUUGUAUGAGGAACGAUGAAGGUAUUUCUCUUAUUCGUCUAGCACUUUGAAUUAAAUUUGCUCUACGGUUCUCUUGAUUCUGUAUGCUUUCAUGACUCUAUUCAUAGCCUUUAAUGGAUUAAUAUCCAAGUUGUGAUUUCCAUUUUAACUCUGUUACCAUUGAAUCUGAAAGUCUUCAAACUGCUUGAACUUGAUUCAUACAUGGAAUCACCGCAUGUCUAGUGUGGGAAGGUUUGAUUUAGAAGUACGUUUGUCUCUUACUGUGUGGAAUAUUUCCACUGGAGUAGUCCUAAAGCGUUAAAACUAGUUUGGCAUGGGGCUAGAUUCUCAUAUUAAUUUAUGUGCAUUGAAUCGUAAGUUGCUGCCAAAGAGUAUGGUUGAAGUCCCUUUUAAGCAAGGAAUUUGAGAUAGCAGAUUUGGAUGCUAAUAAGAAGAUUUUUGGUUGGAAGUGUGGAGACAGUUAGGUAGCGGACUAGGAUAGCGUCCCAGGAAGGCAAUGCAUGAAAAGUGCCGGAAUAGUUAUGAAGGCUAUGUUUAUGUAUGAACAAUGGUGGGAAUAAUUUGAGAGCUAAUAACAGCUUAGGGCCGCUUCUCUGGGUGACAAAAGCCAAAAAAGCGUUUAUAUUAUAUAUGAAUUCUUUUUCUAGUGUUUGAUCAAUAUUGCAAAUGUUCUUUUGCUGGCAAUAAUUUUUUAUGAGUAGAAAAAAAGAAUUUAUUUUUAGACAAAAUUACGCUAAUCUAGGUUAUCUAAAAAGUUGCCCUAAUCAACACUUAAAUUCCAAACAUUGCACUUAUUAAAUAGCACUACUAACUAACUACAUAAAUAACUUUGGUUUACUUUUUGGGUAAGUAAUGUUUUUGUUAAUAUAUUUUUUUUUUGGUAAUUUUAUGGUUAAAAAGAAGCAUUUUUUUGUUAUGAUUAUUGGCUAAACAUGUGUAACAGUAAUAAAAGUGUUUUGACAAAUGAUCAUUCCAAACGUUAAUCUGUUUUUUCUUAAAAGUGAUUCUCAAAAGGUUUUUUUUUUUACAUAAAUAACAAAAUUUCACAAUGAUGCUAAAUGGAGCCUUAGGCUAAUGGGUGUAUUUCAAGCACUAGGUCAAUUUUUCUUGAAAGAAGCCAUAUAUGAUUAUAGAAGUAGUGAAUUGGUGGGAUCAAGCCUUUGCGGUAACAGGGAAAUUGUUUUUUUAUAUCUAAAAGGUCAUAAACACAGCGAGGACCAAGUAGUGAAGGAUCAUUGGUUGAGUCUGAUUCUUUGUUGCAUUUCAUCAGUGCUUCUGUGAUGAUGAUGAUGAUGAUGAUGUUCACACACACACACACACACACACACACACUUCAGAAAACAGGAAGGCUCAAACGUCAACUAAUCGCAGCAACCACUUGAUGGGGGGAAGAUAAAAGCAAAGGCAUUACAUUGGUUCAAGGAGCAAGCUUGUUUUGCACUCUUGGCUUGAAUAGUUGUCCAGCACCAACAUGGUUGGUUAUAUUGAGUUUAAGGAUGGGUAAAACUAAUAUUAAUAUCAUUGAUAAAAGGUAUUGCUGUCAAUUUCAUUUGAAAAGAUGGGUUAGUAGCAUCUUUUGAAAUUCAGAGUCACCCAUUUGUAAAUAGAAAAUUUAUAACCUAACAGCCCAUCCAAUUAUUAUUCUUCUCAUGUAAACAAUUGCAGUUCAAUAAUUAAUUGCCCAAUUCUUAACAUGGUUUGCAAAUGAAAUGCAGCCAUUACAAAUCAAUUUGGCCUGAGAAUUGUUAAGAAUCAUGAAAAGCAGCUACAGAAGUUGGUUCUUGAAUUCAAGCUCAAUUUUCCAGAGCCAUAACAAUGGGUGAUUUCUUUCUCAAUUCGUUUUACCAAUCAGAACAUGCAAGAAAACAAUUUCCUUGCACUGAUAUUCUCUUAAGCUGCCAGACGAGAAAACAAAAUAGAAAUAGAAUUGUGCAGAUUACUGCCAGAAGGUAGCGGAAUCCUCAGAUCAGAUCACCAUCGAGUUUUACAAAGUUUUGAUCAGAUUAUUUUCAAUUAAUUUAAUUAACAACAACAACAACAACAACUACUACUACUACUACUACAGUAACAACCACAGUGAGGAACGCGAGACAAAGAACAGAAGAAGAGAAGCAAGCAAGCAGGCACGACAGCGAAAUCCAACGAGACGGAUCAACUGAAGACUCUAAGCACAGGCGCAAGGGUUGUCGAGGACGAGCACGUCAUCGUCGGAAGAUCGGAAGAAAAGGUAGCCAAGGGCGAGGCCGACGACGACAGCCACAAAAACGCCGCCGUUGAAGGACAUGAUCGCCAGCAUGAGCAUGUAACCGAUCGCCGAGUUGAUCCCGAACAUCACGGCUCCGGCUAACGAGGUCCACCGACCGCCGAAUCCGGCGCCGAACAGCUUGGACUUCUGGUCGCGGUUGCUGGAGACCAGAAGAGGAGUAUCAUCGACGGACGAUGGCGGAGCACCGGGAGCGGCGGCGACGGAAGAGGAGGAGAUUGAUAACUUCUUGAAGCGGAGCCUCCGGUCUUCCACGUACUGGUAGAAGACAGAGAAGAGGAGGCAGGCGGCUAGGGUUAAGCCGUACUCCAUCCAUGUGCUGGUCUUCCAGAAAUCGAACAACAGCGUCACCUUCCUCCCCCAGUAAAACGUCAUAUGCAUCAUCUUCCUUCUUUCUCUGCUUUCAAAAACUUUCGUAGAAUUUCGCCUUCGAAUUGAGAUGGCGAGCACAGCGCACACGACUCGAUCGAUCGAGAGAAAUCCGAAAACAGAUUGGAAUUAUCGAAUCAGAACUCGAGUCGAUGGAUCGAUCGAAUCGUGAAUGGCAAUUAGCAGUUGCUCUCAGAUAAAGGGCUGACUUACCAUCGCAUUUGAUGCUUUGCCUGCUCCGCUAUCUAUCAUACAUACUCGACUCAGGUGAAAAUUGGGAUUCCAAGAAUUUAAAUUUUAUAUAAAAAAAAAAAAAAAGCCUCUUAUUUUAUCUAUUGGAUAAACUGCAACCAAGUGCCCCUAUAGAUUGUCUUAAUUACACAAUUGACAUCAGCUCAUCUCUGACUGUA